AUGACACGUCAAUAUUCAGAUAAUCCUUAUGAACCAUCUCGCUAUCGAGGAACUCUUCGAUCCCAUCAACCAUCGGAUAGUUCAUUUCGACGACAUAUAUCUCUAGUAUCAAGAAAUUUAGCUUCUCAACCUAACUUUCAACCCAAUGGACAAAAAAAUCAUACUAUCUCGUCUCCUCGUCCUCCUCGUUAUCAUGGAGAACACUCUCAUUUCAAUAAAUAUCCAAAUUCGACAAGAUCAUCAUUUAACCAAAUGAAUAAUGCAUCAAAUGAUCGAUCACAUAGAAGAUAUCGAAUAGAAGCUCAUUCUCCUCAUUCCUUAUCAUUAUUGGCAUGUUCUCUCUUAGCAGUACCUGCAGGUUCUGCUGUAUCUGAAAGAAUAUUCAGAUCUAUAGUCGAUUUAUUUGCUCAUGAUCAACCAAAUUCCAUUGGUCUAUCUGAGAGUAAUAUCGAACGUUUACCCACGAUGCCCUAUCGAAAAACAAGUAAAUCGCCAUAUGCUGAUGAUAGAUAUGCAAUAUGUUUAACUGAAUAUAAAACUGAUGAAAUAGUAAAACGUUUACGAUGUAAACAUUUCUUUCAUCCUGAAUGUAUCGGUCCAUGGUUAAAAACCUCAACUCAAUGUCCAAUCUGUCGUGCUGUACAAGCUGAUUGA